UUGGACAGAGGUUGGCAACAGGACGAAAGUGCGGUGAAGUUCACAGUUUAUAACAAUUGCAACGUUAGUAUAUCAAAGAAUGUGAAUAUGAAUUGUACUGCAUGCUGUUUUUGUAUGCAACAACUGUAUUAACCCGAAUAGGGUGUGCAUAUGUUAGAACUAAAUGUCAAAGUGGUACACACGGUCCCUCCCUUUCGUAUAUUUUUCAGUGUUUCUACGGUUAUUACUGAGAAGUAUUUUGUAUCACUGACAGGACGGAUAUAAUAUUCAGCGACAGCCGUCAAUGACUGCUUUACAUUCAAGAUAAAUGGUGGUUUUUACUGUAUUUACAUGUGAUGUCUUGGCCAUAUGUGAUUUGGAAAGGGAAGGGCUGUGAGAAGUAUGAGAGCUGUAGACUUUCAUGAAUAGUAAAUAAUGACUGGGGUAGGAAAUUUCUGCAAGAAUAAGGCGAAAACUGACAACUGUUUUUGUGUGGCAAAGGAAAACAUUGUCGCUGAAAGGCAGGCUUUUAAUAUAAAUGUAAAUUUAAAGAGUACUAGGGUAAUUCGACUUGGGUCACUUGUAAAAGUAAUAUCCACAAAAUAUGGUGGUGACAGAGUGGCAGUACGGCUCAUUGAUGAAAGAGGUUUGGUUGAAGGGUCAGAAGAUGUGUGGGUAUGUUCCAAGUUCCAUUUACUACCUGUGGAUCCUGUUAUGUUGCCUUCACUCACAGCUGUCUUUGAACCCUCCCAUCGAGUUGCACUAGUGCAAAAUGGACAAAUUUUUCGUGAAUUGGCAGCAGUAGAAGUUGGGGAAAAAGUUAUGCUCCUUCCUGAAACUCAGGAUUCAAGAUCGGGGCAAGAGCUGGCUGUGGUCAAGUACAAGGGUCCAGUUCCAGAGAUGGGGCCUGGUACCUAUUAUGGUCUUGAAAUUUUGGUUUCCAGCACACAAGGUAAAAAUGAUGGAAGCACUUUUGGCAGGCGAUUCUUUCAAUGCCCCAGCAAUGCUGGUGUUUUUGUUGCCUUGAACAGACUCGGGCCCUACAGGGAUCCAAAGGCCCUGAACCUUGGCCAGUCCAUAGUGAGUGGUGGUGGAAAUUGUUCUGAAGUUGUAGGCAUUCCAUCAGGCUCAUCCAUGCCAUCCAAUGAGAGAAGGGUGCAUCAGAAUGGAGGGAAUCAUGAUGCGGGAAACUUUAGAACAACCCUUGUACUUCGUCUGAAGGAGAAGGAAAGUAUUCCUAGGAACAGUCAGCCCAUCAAGCUUGAGAAAACUGAGAAACUGAUUGAUCUGGAACUUGCUGGUGAAAAUGGUGACUGUGGUAACGUGCCACUCAAAGUGGGUGAUCGUGUUGUGAGGAUCUUAGACACUAAACCAGAACAAGGCAUUGUUCGCUGGGUUGGCCAUUUAGAUGGGCAUACAUUGAAGAAUGACUUGAUGGCCGGAGUUGAAUUUGAAAAACCCAUUGGAGAUAGUUCUGGUAUGUACAAGAAACAACAGUUGUUCCAGGCUAAGAAGAAUCAUGGACAGUUCAUACCUGUAAUAAGUCUUGUAAAAGCAGAAGAUUUCUUUGGGUCACCUGCUGCAGAGAUUGUCAGAAAGAAAGUGAAAAACAUGAAGCUGAUUGAAAACUGUAACAGUUCGAAACCCAGUCAUCAUAGCAACUUACCCACAAGUUCACAGAAAUCAGAUGCCCUUCUAAAAACUCAGCGUUCAGAAUCAUUUCUGUGGAGCCCUCAUUUAGUGGAACUAGCUAAUAGUGCUACAAACAACUCUCAGAACAGAGAGGAUUUGAUACUUAAAGAGGGGGAUGACAACAUCUGUAAGUCAGAAUAUGUUUUUUCAGAAUCAAACCUUGAUCAAAGUUCAGUGACUUCAAAAAUUGAUCACGUUAAUAAACGUAACAUCAAAGAUUCCAAAAAUAAUAAUGUUGGGAAGAGAGCUGGAUACAAUCUGAGUGAAUACCCUAUAGGCGAGGCAAACCCUAGAGAUUAUUUCCUGACUGAAAACAUUCCUGGCAGUAGACAUACAUGUGAGGAUAGGACAGCCAGACCCACAGAAGGAAAGAUACGGCAUUCCUAUUCGCAGGAUCUGCAGUCACAUCACAGUCCUGAUGACUUUCUUAGUGAAUUAUGGCCACCAGUUAGUGAGAACAACCAGCACAAGAGUAGAAUUAAGGAUGAAAAGAAAUCCAAAACAUUUACAAGGAAACCAGACAGACUGAACAACAGUGCUGACCCUCACUUAGAGGUAGUUGGUGAAGGCAUCCAGAAAUUGUUGGCAGUUUCAGGCCAAGAAGUUGAGGAUCCUCUGCUGUCAGUAAGCCCAACUGGAAGUAUUGACUACUUUGAGACACCUGAUUCUCCUGAACCUGAACAGCCACAUGAUUUGGGAGUAGGAUCUGUAGUAGAGGUCACUGUAAGUGGGGAACCACGUUAUGGUGUGAUCCGCUGGAUUGGAAUUGUACCUGAAGACAAGAAAGCAAGGAAAGUUGCUGGAAUAGAGAUGGAAGAAGAGCACUGUGGUUACACAGAUGGCACUUUUAAUGGACGCAGAUAUUUUCAAUGUAAUCCAAGAAAGGCAAUGUUUGUUAGCCUUAAUAUGUGUCAGAAGGAUGGCAGAUUUCAGGAUGUCCAUCCAGUACUGAGUGACACAAAGAUAAAAGCAUUUGGUCAGGUGCAGUGUCCAGUGAUUCCUGGUGCAGUUCGACCCAUCAGCAGGGAAGGAGAUCUUGAAACUCUGUGUGGAAAGUAUCGAGGCAUCCAGGGUCACCAUAAUUCUUGUUAUUUAGAUGCUACUCUCUUUAGCAUGUUUACAUUUACAAGUGUGUUUGACAGUUUGCUUUUCCGGCCACAAACUGAAAAUGAUGUGCCUCAGUAUCAAGAAGUGCAGAGAGUUUUAAGGGAAGAGAUAGUGAAUCCUUUACGCCAGAAUUUGUAUGUGAGGGCAGACAGAGUGAUGAAGCUACGAACACUGCUUGAAAAUCUGAGUUCUGUCACAGGACUGACAAGUGAAGAGAAAGAUCCAGAAGAAUUUCUUACUUCGUUAAUAGCUCAAAUACUUAGAGCUGAGCCUUUCUUGAAACUGAGUUCGGGACAAGAAGCUUAUCACUAUCAGCUGUUUGUGGAAAAAGAUGAAGACCUUGUCCUUCCAUCAGUCCAGCAGCUGUUUGAGCAGAGCUUUCUGGCUAGUGACAUCAAACUGAAGGAAGUGCCUUCCUGUUUAAUUAUUCAGAUGCCCAGGUUUGGCAAGUCCUUCAAGAUGUACCCACGAAUCUUGCCUUCUCAGCUUCUAGAUGUCACAGACAUCAUUGAAGACUCUCCUCGGCAGUGCACAGUUUGUGGAAAGCUGGCUGAACUUGAAUGCAAGGAAUGCUUUGGUGAAUUAGGAGCUGGCCUGGAGAGUAUGGCAUUCUGUGCUAAGUGCCUAGAAAGAACUCAUAGCCAUCAGCGACGCACUAGCCAUGGAUUGCGUCCUCUCUGUGUGCCCAUUGAAUUCUCUAUACUGCAGGACCACUGUCCAGUUCCUCGGUUGUUUAUGGAAUUGUUUGCUGUGGUGUGCAUUGAAACUUCACAUUAUGUGGCCUUUGUCAAAUGUGGCAGUGGUUCUGAUGCACCUUGGUGUUUUUUUGAUUCCAUGGCUGACAGGAAAGGUGAGCAGAAUGGGUACAAUAUUCCUGAAAUGGUAUCAUGUCCAGACCUUCCAUAUUGGUUGUCUGAUGAAGGGGCCCGAUCUCUUCGUGAGAUGAAGGAUGAUCGCCAGUUACCUGAACAUGCGAAGCGUUUAUUGUGUGAUGCAUACAUGUGCAUGUACCAGAGCCCUGAUGUUAUGAUGUACAGAUAGGAAGGAAUUGUAACUUCUUGUGCAACCAUAUGCAUAGGGAUCAUGGAAAUAUGUCAGAGUGUUGCUUUUGGAAUGAUCCAAGACAUUGUCCAUUAUACCAGUGAAAAUUUUGCUUGCCACAUCAUGGAUUUCUAGCUUAUACUCUGAAAUAUCUGCUGUAUUUAAAUGCUGGUUAUAAUGUAUUUUGCAAAACAGUUUCAGUCAGGAAAGAUCAGUGAAUAAAUGAAAAUGGAAGUAGAUAGUGUCUAAUGAACAUACUACUCUUUAGCAGUGAUCAAAUUUCUAAGCAGUUUAUUUCAUUUAUAAGUUUAACCUCGUCGGAAGGUUGCGGGUUCAAUUUCCAAUGUCACUGGAUUUUUCAAGU